GUGCAGCUGUGCCUCCUUCUCCCUGUGUCCCAGUGUUUGCUCUCUUCUUCCCAGGAGCCGCUACGUCCAGGUGCGGAAGUGUGCGGCCGAACUCCUCCUGUCCUUGAUGGGGAAAAUUGGAGUCACGAAGAUCGCAGGCACACCCAGGGCUGAGACCCUGGCGCAGGUGGCAGGGAAGCUUGCUCAGGACUGUCACAAGGACACAAGGCAUUGUGGACAGGAGAUGGUGAAGAUGAUGCUAAGUCAUCCAAAAUUUAAAAGGCUUUUGGAGCAAUCUGUUUCUACCCGUGACCUGGAAGAUAUUCUGACUAGAAUUAAGAAGAAAGAGAUGGAAAGCCAGAAGGGUGAAGGCCCAUCAGUCAAGAUGCCGGUGAAGAAGAGCAGCGAUUCCUCGAAGAAGCCCCAGGCCACAUUGCCUUCUAGUAAACAGGUGAAGUCUACCUCUGAGGGACGCCUCCUCCACCGUGCAAAAGCCCAGGUCACGUUACCUCCAGCUGUGGAAGAAACGGAGCCGCUCCAGAAGCUUUACGAUCUCCUGGAAGCCAAGGGGUUUCAGACACGGCUGGAAGGACUGGCAUUCCUUCUCGAGCUGUGCCAAACUCGCCCCCAGCUCAUCUCCACUAACAUUGUCCAAAUUUUUGAUUACUUUGUCCUGAGAAUAUCUGACAGCCACAAGAGGGUGAAGCAGAAAGCGCUGGACGUGCUGGCAGAAAUCAUUGGCAUCCUGGAAAAUGCCUUGAGCCCGGUGAUCAUCCAUUUGGUUGAAGGAAUUACAAACAACUUGAACUCAAAGGAUCCCGGGGUUCAUUCUGCAGCUGUGAAAGCUCUGGAAGAAUCUACAUUUAUAGGCAUUAGCUGCCCAUUUCCCACCUUCCUUCUUUGGCUUCUUUUUUCAAAGGAGAACUUUUGUUUCAGCAGCUUCAUUUCCUUAUAA